GUAGCCAAAAGGUGUAGAUUUGUAAUAGAGGGCUCCAUAGACACCCAUGCGCUGUACUUCUAUAUAGAGGUAACCAGCCUAUCCGUACGGCUAGAUGGCUGCUAGAUCACGUACAUAUCUACCACACUACAUAUGGGCUUGUCUUAUCUUGGGGAGUUGUAAAGGACAUGUGUACCAGAACUUCUCCUGUAUCACGUACAACUGGGACGAGUAUCUGACCUGCUCCUGGGCUUUGUCACCACUGUACAACGAACCAGUCUACACAACAUCGCUCACUUGGCAAUUGCCACAAUUUGCCAUUUGGUCUUCAUGCCCGGAUUUGUCCUCCGGUACAUGCACGUGGUCUUUAGGUGGAAAUGACGGAAUUAAGGACACAGACCCCCACCAACCAAUACGUGUCUGUCUUCACCUGCGGAAUGACAAUAGAGCGAUAGAGUCAGAAUGUCAUGAGGUGGACAUUGAAAACAAAGUAAAACCAGCCACGGUUAGUGAUUUGGUAGCAAAGCCCCAAUAUCCUAACUGUAUUUGUGCUCAGUGGACACAUCAGAAAGUUAUACCAUCAAAGAUAUUCUCUUUGGAAAUAUCUUCACCAGGCUCGGCCACAAUACAAAAGAACGUACGGAUGGACUCAUUUUAUGAUUACGAUGACUCGUCCGAAUUCCAAAGUGGAUCCUACACAAACUUAACGGUUUGCAAUCUUUCCUAUUUCGUUAACUACACGAUUUCCGUGAGGGUAGGAGCCAUUGAUAUGGACGACAACCAAAUAGGCUACUGGAGCGACUCGCUGGCUAUUAAUGUAGUCACGUCGAAAACGGUUCCAUCAGGUCCGCCUUCUUUACCCCAGGGUGGGUACACCCUCUCGGCUGUCAAUGGUAAAGGAUAUAGGUUGGCCAGAAUCUACUGGACGAGUCUUCCUAAGCACGCGUGGAAUGGGGAGACUAUAACGUACGAACUGGAGGCAUUUCCGGUCGAUGGGUGUGGAUCGCGAACCGUCCGACUUAGUAGGCGAAAUACAUCAGCAGAAUUCGAUAUUAUGUAUACAUGUUCCUACAACAUCAAAGUAUGGUCAAGAAAUGAAAUAGGGAGGUCAAAGGACGUCAGCGUUCUUCUGUUGGAACAGAACGUAUUACAAAGACCCCGUGAAGUGUCCAUGACUGAUGGACAUACAGAUUUGGUGACUAUUUCUUGGCUUGAACCGAAAGAUGUGAAACCGACUUUAUUGCUCAAAUAUACUGUAUAUUGGUGUCCCAGAUCUCCUAGACAACUAUGCCAGGGGUCUUUCAACUAUAGAACAGUCAUUUCGCCUAUUUCGUAUGAAGACGUAUACUUGCGGACCACUGUCCGGAUGGAAGGAUAUCCGAACGUCACGUAUAUGUACGGAGUGUCUACGGAUAUAAACAUUACCGGAACAGUCGCCAGUAGUGGCUUUGUGUGGACGGAUUGUUCAAUGCUAUCUACAGAUAAACUGAAAAAUCCCAGGAUAUCUUUUGAAGGAUAUCCCUCCGAAAAAAGAGUAAGAGUCUCAUGGAUAUACCUGAAUUGUGCUCAAGCAAUGAUUAAAAAGGCUAACAGCGUACAUUACGAUGUUACAAGCUGCCCAUCAGAUAAGUGUGAAGAGCUAAGUACUGAGAGUAAAGAAGCCUAUGUCGACUUACACUCAAUCUCUGCCGGACAGGAGGUAUGUGUGACCAUUGCUGUACGCCUGGGUACAGUUUCUGGACCAACAAGUCGUGUAUACUGCUAUACCCAGUCCUUACAAGGUACCCAGUAUCCUCUGCAUGCUGUGCUUGUUUCCCUUGUCAUCAUAUCAGGUGCUGUUGUAGUCGCAAUAGUAGGGACUAUCUUAUAUGUCGCCUUCAAAUGGUGGACGAAGCCGACUAAAUGUAGUAUACCAAAGAUACCUACAGGGGGUAAUGACAGUGAACAGACAACUACAGGAGAUCUGGUUCAACCAUUAGUUGGAAACGGCAGUGCAGUAUCUACAGGUCGAACGACUGUGACUACGGAGACGGCCCUAAUAGUCAACGACUGAUACACAAAUCCCAGUUAUUACAUAACUUUUCUUCACAACUGGCUUCGGUAUCACAGACGCACAAGCUGACUUUGUCUCCGAACUCAAGGUCAGCGUCCUUGAAUCGUUAUCACCAACAACAAAAAAACAAUAAUUAGACAUUGUCUUUCCUACUAGAUUAAUAUACACGCACAUGUAAAACAGGGUAUCUGGCUUUUUUAAUUAGAUAUUCGUGUUGUUUGUACAAUAAGCCUAUAUAUCGUGGUUUGUGUGUGUUAAGUUAGAUUUUGCGUCAUGCUCCGUGAUAAUAAUGACAACCUAGAUAAUAUUUCGUUUAAACAACAGAUAUUUUAUUACGUUGACAUGAAAUUGUUAGUAAUUUCUUUCCUGAUUUUAGUUGUCAGCAGUCAGACAAUGACAAGAUCGGAAUAUUUUACCACAUAUAUCAUAUGCUAAAGAAUGCCUUACAACGAAAAAUGUAUUUUAAAUAAUCUGUACGCACUUAUUCUGUGGUAUAUUGGGAAUCUCUAACUGUACAUGUUCAUAAUGUAUAUAUCAAACAGAUUUUCAUUAUUUUUUUCUGAGAAAAUGUCAAUACAUAAUUUAUUCUAUG